UGGCAAUAGGGUACCAAAUAGGGAAGAGUGUGUGUGUGUCUCAUUUGUCCCGGAAUAUUGAAUGUUAAAUGUCUCUGGAAAGUAAUUAGUUGUCGUUCAACAAGUAGUAUUUCUCUGAAUCCAAUGUGAAAGACGCCAAGCUUUUCUCAGGGAAUUCCCCCUUAUGUGACGUCACUUCCUUACUAACAAUCUACCCUGUACGUUUUAUUACCACAGUAACCAAACAUGCAUACAUUCCAUGAAUACAAUGCGCUGGUUAUCCAAGGUACGGAAACAUAGCUUGGUACACUCAAUGGUACACCAGGCUAGUGAUAUACACUAUAACUGAAAUGGCAGUGUCGCCUACAAGUAGCGUAGCAAUAGAUGCUUUUUAUAUUCUAAAUGGAAUUGAAUACGUGUGAACAACAGAUCACCAGAGCAGACUUCCGCAUACCUCAAGCUUUAAAACGAAAUGAGAUGGAUAGUGCCUGCCCAUGUUGUAGACGUGUAAAAUGUUCCUUCGGGGAGGUAUCAAGCGAUCCGGUUGUCAUUGUGUUUCAUACCAGCAGAUCUGUGCUUAUUGGAAGGAAGAGCAAAGAGAAAGUAAAUCUUCUUAAGAAACUAGCGGAAAGAGCAACUGCUCUUAGAAAUGUAUCAGGCGGUAUUCUGCUCGUACAUGUUGAAGGCCAAGAGGCCUGGGAUAGAGACCUGGAGAUAUUUGAUGAAGCGAUUGGGAAAAGGUUUGGAGAACUCAUUGAGGAUGGUUCCUUAUUCACAGACUGCUUCUCCCGUCUAUGGCUGUCCGACAUUCAAAAUUUUGAAAGGGAGACUGACUUUCUUGUAUAUACAAUCGCGGAAACAAAAUGUGUAUCAACGUUGAAUUUCAAUACUAAAAUACGUAAUGACUUCGAAAAUGAGAGACCAUCCUUUCUCAAUAUUGUUAGAAUGUUGUUAAGAGGUAAUGCCGACAAGUACCCAUAUUUACGAGGAUUACAGAGACAACACAUGACCCGUGUCCCCAAUUCCAUUCCUUUGUUUGAAAACAGAGCAAUUGAGCUGAAAGCUUUCACUCAACAUCAACUCACGAAAAAACCCGUGUCUGUUGACGAAAUAACUGACUACAUAUGGAAUGACCUUAAAUUGAAAGACAAUGUCAGUUCAAUGUCUAAACUGCCAGAAGGUGGCUCGUUCUAUAUUGGAGUGACGGAAUCAAGUCAUAAAACUGACCAGUACAAAACGAAGAUAAGGACGGCAACAGGCUUUAAUCCUCUGGUGGACAUUGACCAACUUACAUGCAGCCUCUACGAGAAAACUCGAAGCGACAUGGUAGUCCUCAGUGCAGGCGACAAGGCGUUCCAUGAACCACCUCCUGACCUUAUAGAUGUGUUGGUACACUGUGUAGAUGACCAGGGACCACUGUAUGUACUUCAAGUGGUCAUCAACAGUUUCGAUGGUAUUGUUUUCCAUGACAAACAAGGGCCUGAAGCGUAUACCAUUACGGAUGGUCAGAUCAGCAUCAUGGCAAGGGAUGAGUGGCUCAACCGACUGAUGAAUUGUGAACUUUGGAAGGCAUGUGAACGUUUCACCAAAAAAGUGAUACCAAAAAUGCCGAAACAAGAAAUUCAAUAAUAGAGAAUUAAUACCAUUGACUUGAUAACAUCUUAUAACGUAACAAUACAGACAACUGUCUUGUCAUUUAACAGCUGAAAAAUAAAAUGGACGUAUGUUAAACAUA